UAUUAAUCUCACGAACGCGCAAUGCUUUAAGGAUUCUUCAAACAGUAGCAUCAUGGUUUUAUUUAAUCUACUCUGAUCAUUAUCGGUAAUGGUGUUCUUCUUAAUAUCUAAACCUCCAGAUUCUAAUAUCAAUCCUCACUCAAAUACUCGCAUGUUGUUAUCAAAAUCAAUACGAAAUUACUGUUUGAUCUUACAGUUAGGUUAGGCAAUAAGAUUUAAGAAAGAGUUUGAUCAUCAUCAGGCUUGCACAUUCAUUCACUACUUAAUUAUCCGCUGCCUAGUUUUCCAAUGUUUCGAUUCUUGUAUAUCCGAUUAUCUGAUAUCAACAUUUCUGAAUUGUGGAACUGUGAAUGAAAGUAUUCAUCUGUAUUUUCAAGCUGCUAGGCUAGUUUAUGGCGAUGCAUAGUACUUUUACUGAAAGUUUUCCAAGUUUUCCAGUAUUGUAAUUUCUUAAUUGGGAUGGAUAGUGGACGUUGAUCAUGGCCGGAAAUGGAAUCUGAAAGAUCUCACAACUCGGUUCUAACCUGUCUAUGAUGACUUCAAGGUUUUUCUUGCUGCACAUUGUGCUCCAUUGCUGAUUGAUAUGUUUCGUUCAAAGAAGCAUUCUCAAAGUCAUAAUCACCGUGAUAAUGAUUCUACACAAGAAGACGGGAAGAUCAAUGAACUAAGGGCUGCUCUUGGGCCUCUGUCUAGUCGAAGUUCAAAGUAUUGCACCGAUGCAUGUCUGAGGAGAUAUUUGAUAGCUCGAAACUGGAAUGUUGAGAAGGCAAGGAAAAUGCUAGAAGAGACGCUCAAGUGGAGGGCAGCUUACAAGCCCGAAGAAAUCCGUUGGCAUGAAGUAGCAUUUGAAGGCGAGACUGGAAAAGUGUCGAGAGCAAAUUUUUGCGAUCGACAGGGAAGAUCUGUGCUCAUAAUGAGACCUGGAAUGCAGAACACAACUCCAUCAGAAGUUAGCGUGCGGCAUCUAGUCUAUCUUCUAGAGAAUGCGAUUCUGAACCUUGUUGAGGGUCAAGAACAAAUGUGUUGGUUAAUAGAUUUCACCGGAUUUACAAUGAAAACCAAUGUCUCCGUCAAAAUAGCCUCCGAUGUUAUCAAUAUCUUGCAGAACCAUUACCCCGAGAGACUCGCCGUUGCAUUCCUCUACAAUCCACCCAAGAUUUUUCAAGCCUUCUGGAAGGCCAUCAAGUAUUUCUUAGAUCCAAAGACAUCUCAAAAGGUAAAGUUUGUAAAUCCCAAAGACAAAGGAAGCGUGGAGCUGAUGAAAUCAUACUUCGACAUGGAAAACCUUCCCAGUGUUUUUGGAGGUAAAGCCACACUCGAGUAUGAUCACCAGCAGUUCUCUCAGAUGAUGGCCCAAGACGAGCUUAAAGCUGCACAAGUGUGGGGCCUUGAUGAGAAGGCCCACCAUAUCACAAAUGGGCCUUCUUCUGGCCCAGAAGUUGCACCAGAGCCCAUUACUGCAACAAACUAACUAACUGGUAUGUCUCAUGCCUCCCCUUUACAGCAUUUUGAAACUAAAAUAAUAAUGCAAAGGAGCUAGUAGCCAUCCAUAGGUAAUAGUUUCUGUUUCUGCUAACUAAACCUAUGAGACUGAAGGAACCUUUUGUUUUGUAGUUUUAUGUUAACUUAGGAGGUCAACAA